AAGGUCAUUUUGAACGAAAUCAGCGGAGUCAUCGAAAGAGGCGCGAUGUGUGCGGUGAUGGGCCAGUCUGGAUCUGGGAAGACGACGCUCUUGGACAUAAUAUCUGGGCGCAAGACGGAAGGCAGGAUACGUGGUAAGAUUCUCUUUGAUGGUGUGGUGCCCAGUUUGGCGACGAUCAAGAAGUACACGGCGUAUGUUCCGCAACAUGAAGCCUUCUUCGGAGGCGCGACUGUCGCGGAGACAGUUACGUUUGCAGCGAUGAUCAAGCUUCCUGGCACGUCAACUGAGGACGUAAAGCGUAAGUUGGAGUUAGUGGAGCACGUGAUUGAUCAGAUGAAUCUUUCAAAGUGUCGGGAUACCCUAGUCGGCAACCACGUGAUUCGCGGGAUAAGCGGUGGAGAGCUCAAGCGAUUGGCCGUCGCGUCCGCGCUGUGCACGUCAAAUCCCAGAGCGAUGUUCUUGGACGAGCCUACUUCGGGUUUGGACUCUUCAAUGGCAGCUGAUGUGAUCAAUUGUCUAUCCAGACUUCAAGCGGAGGAUGGUCGCACGCUCCUGGUGACCGUUCACCAACCUUCCAUGCCGAUCUACCAAUCUUUCAACAAGUUGAUUUUGCUCACCUCUGGCAUGCUCGCGUAUUUCGGCGAAGCUGGGCACAAUCCCAUGGACUUUUUCAUCAAUCAAGGGUUUCCAUACGAGGCUGGCUUUAACAUCGCAGAGUACUUUAUCGACACCAUAUCCACUGGUCAGGAGUGCGCCAAAUAUUACGCCGAAUCGAGCCUGCGCGCGUCCAACUUGGAGCACGUGGCAGAAAUCACGUCGCUCAAACUGCCGAUGAACGCGGUGACGAUCAACACCGAAUCUUCAAAGACCAACGGCACAGGCAAAGAUUCAGAAUAUGCGCACAAUCCAUUCACUGAGUUGGGCAUCAUGAUUCGGUAUAAGGAUGCCCCAAAAUGGCGCUACGCGAUCUUCUGGUUUACAAGAUGUGGUCUGUACGUCAUUCUCGCCGCUCUGCUGAGCGCGUUUUUCUAUCAGCAGAAAAAGACUCCAACUGGGAUAUUGAACACCAACGGCAUCAUGUUCAUCGCGUGCAUACUACCGUCGUUCAUGGCACAAGUCCACGUGGAAGAAGUGAAAUUUGAGCGCGAAGUCUACACUCGCGAGUUUCACGAAAGCUAUUAUCGUCCGGGAAAUUACGUCGCUUCAAAAAUUAUCGCCGAAAUGCCCAUGACCAUCCUCGCCUCUUUGUCUUUCUCCGCGGUUUUGUAUUGGUGCGUCGGGCUCAAUCCAACCGCGAUUGCGUUCUUCUUUUUUGUUUUCACCUGUCUCGUGAACUUCACCAUCUCGCAGCUGAUCGGCUGCACGAUCUCAGCUGCGAUUCCGGGUGACGUCGGCCCCGCGAGCGUGCUCCCAAUUUACGCAACGAUAAACAUGUUAGUCGGAGGUUUCUUCAUUCGAGCUCGCACGAUACACAACGCGUGGAGAUGGUUGUACAAUAUCUCGUUCAUCCAGUGGGCGUGGUCGUCGAUCAUGGUGAACGAGUACGACGGCCGCGAAUUCUUUGAUCAC